AUGUUGAGUCGAGCUGAAGCCACGCAGAGUCGAGCAGCGUCAACUCCACAGCGGGGUGUGAUCGAAUACAGCAGGGCUUGUGUUCCGGAAAUACUCGCAAGACCAGGAUGCGAUGAAACGUUUCUUCUUGACCAGUUCUUUAAGGACAUCAACGCCGACUGUGGAACAUCGAAGCCAGUCUGCUUGGCGUGCAAUCAAAAAGAAAUAUCAGAUGCGGAAGAUGUGUGCUUGAGGAAAUACGAACAGGAACACGGAAUCAUUUCUAGAGGCCUGAUGUCCGGCAACGACAAACGACUGUGCUGCAUGUUGGACUACAAGAAGAAUUGUGUUCCAGACCAAUUAAAACCAAAAGGUUGUGGUGAACAACUUCUUCAAAAUUAUGUUGCAAAGAUGCAGAGUGAAAUGAGAUACCAAUGUGCAGCAUCGAACUCGAUGUGUACCGUUUGCCCACAAGGAUUAUUAGACAGUGCAAAGAGUACCUGCUACAACAAUUAUCAAAACGAUCAAACUGCAUCCAAACUCCAUUGUUGUGUGAUCGAAUACAGCAGGACUUGUGUUCCGGAAAUACUCGAAAGACAAAGAUGCGACGAGACGUUUCUUCUUGAGCAUUUCUUUAAGGACAUCAACGCCGACUGUGGAACAUCGAAGCCAGUCUGCUUGGAGUGCAAUCAAAAAGCAAUAUCAGAUGCGGAAGAUGUGUGCUUGAGGAAAUACGAACAGGAACACGGCAUCAUUUCUAGAGGCCUGAUGUCCGGCAACGGCAAACGACUGUGCUGGACCAGAACUCAGCAGAAUGCUUGA